AUUCGCAGGUGCCCGCGACAGUGCUUCACCGCAACGUGUUCGGCGACGUAGUAGUCGUUUUCCGUGCCGACCGACUCCGUCUUUGGGAUCUUGUAUUGAUUUUUACCGAUUUUACACUUUUUUCGUUUACUUUUUGUUUUGAUUUUUUUUUUUUUUUUUGUUCUUCUUCCCGGUGUGCGUGCGCCUUUUUGCGAUUUCCUCGAAAACAUACAAAAAACAGACAACGUGUGUGACCCCCGUGUUCUUACUUUUUCCCGCCGUUUAUGUGCGACCGUGAACGCGUCCGACCGAUGGAUAACCUACCCGAGGAAAUAAUAACAUCACAACGUAAGAGGACGAUGUCGCACGAGCGGGAGUAGAACGCGUACGGGUACAGUGUGCGGCAACCACAGCAACCAUGAUGAUCACCGAAACCGCGGUGAUGGCCAACGGCGGCGGCAAGAUAAAACGUUCGAGUUUCAGGUCCCGCGGCGGUCCGGGCUCGCACAACAGCGGCGGCGGCGGCGGCGGCAGCAUGCGUGGCUACCGGGCGGUCCGAGUAACGGUGCCGUCCACGGUGGUCGCCGAGCUGGCGUCCAAGUUCAACGCGGUGGUGGUGGACGCAGACAGGGGGGCCACGGCACGGGACAUAAUCAAAAAAGUGAACAAAACGCUGGCCAAGGGCGCGGCUGUGCGGGCCACGGUCGAGAAGUUCGAGUCGGCCGCGGAAAAGAAGCACCACGGUGGUACUACCGGUGACCACCACGUGGUCGUGGUGCGGACCAACUCGUCGACGCAGUUACGUACGGCCGAGGCAACCCAGGAACAACGGUCGUCCGCCGCUACGGCGGCAGCUGUGGCCGCCGGACAGCGAUCGUCCGCGUCCUUGGUGAAACUGCGUAUGGAACAGUUCCAGAACGGUAAGAAGCUUCAGAAGCCCAGCGUUCUGGGCCCGAAGCCUAAAGUGUCCGAGGCGACCAAGAGACGCAUCGGUGAGGAACGCAAAACGGUUCUGCAAAAAGACUCGAUGGUCUCUACGGCGGAUCACCGACAACUGCUGAACAAGCACAAGCGGCUGUCGAUCGCCAGGGACCCGGACGCGCAACUGGAAAGUGUAUUGAACACGACGCCAGAGCAAGCACCACCGCCGGUGGCCGCGGAACCCGACCGCGUCGAAACCGUUCAGCAGAGGAGGACGCCUUCGCCUCCGAAGAUCCGACCGAAACCGAACAGUUCGUUUCUGCACGGCCGCAAGGGACCGGAGAUGGCUCCGCCGGCGGUGCCGCAACCGUCGUUGGUCGCCGCGGAACCCGUCGAGCGCCCACCCGUCCACGACGAGCCCGCCGAACGCGCUGACGAUGAACCGCGGUCGAGCUUUUUGCACGCGUACAAGUCGAAACCGACGGCCAACGGUGGUGUGCACGACAACUACAACUACAUCGACGGCGGUGGCCAGCAGCCGCAGGCCAUCUACGAGGAGCUGCUGUGCGACAUACAGAUGUCAGCCGCGCGGACGGGUGACGCGCCGGACCCAUCACCGCUGCCGGACGUGGUGGCCGAGUGUUCGUACUACGACGGCGCCAACGAGCACCACUACACGACGAUCGAUUGCGGCGAGCUGAACAUCUACGACGACGUGGUGGUCCCCGCGGCCGUGCUCGAGAACCGGCAGCGGCCACCGGCCACGUCCGACGAGGACGGCAGCUACGAGACGGUACAAACGCCGCCACCGUUGCCGUCCGCGCCCCAGGUGCCCGCGGUCACGACCCCUCCCGCGGCCGCGGCGCGCGACGGCGACGGCGACCAGUACGGCCUUCCGGACAAGAAACCGAUGGCGGCCGACAACUGUUCGCUGGAAAUCGACAACAGCAUUUACGGGCUGAAUGCCCCUUCGGAGUCCACUUCGUCCGGUGUCACGUCUGAUAGCGUCAGCGCUGAUCGAAAUAGCAAAUUUGACUUAGAUGAAGAAUGGGUCGACGUAGAUAACACUUCGGAUGAACUUCAAGAAAUUAUUGUGUUUCGUCAAAAGCCCAAGAUUAACGACACAACCACGAAAGGGUGGUCAAUACAAGUUCGGAAACAGUUGACCAAAGCUUACGAAAUCAAAGAAAAGACAAAUACCAUUAGCCAAGAAAUACCGGAAGAAAUCUACGCCGAUUAUGACUCAUUUGAAUCCGACGACUCGUGGGACGAUUGUAAGGAUGGUGUCAAUAUCAAACGAGUGCCGUACCCUUGUGAAAAUCGUGAUCUACCAGCUCCGCCAAGUCAGCAGAACAUCUACGGACUUGUGCCACUGGUCAAAAAGGCUGGAAACCGGAUGAAAAAGCGGUGGUCGUUCGGAUCCCUUGGUUUAAACCGAAUACGGAAAUUGAGCGUGGGCCAUUUAGCGACUGAUUUCGGCAACAAAACUUACGGAAGCACGUCGGACAAAUCGACUGAAAACAAAUUCAAUCCGUCGGCAAAACGCAACAGUCUGUCGUCUUCGAUUUUCUACCUGAACGAUUCUAUAUACAAUAACAUAGAAAAUGGUCAGAUACGUGCGCCCGUCAGGAAUGCGAGCAAACCGCCUUCGUCCGUCGAUUCGCGACGUCUAAGCGUGGCCAGACCCAGUUCACCACCGCCACCACCACCGCCACUUCCGCCACCAGUUAAACGGCACUCGACUGGAAGCAACGCUUACGACGGUUCAUUGCCCCGUUCGAUCAGCAAUUCCAAAGGCAGGCCGGUGUUGGACAAGAGUAACACCGUCGAAUCGGUAUCUGAAAACGGUUCCAAUCACGGUUCCGACUUGUACAUGCGAUUCGCCGACGAGCCUUUGUAUCAAUUCUACGCUGCCGAUAUAUCCGAACGUACGAAAAGCGUUUUCGCGGGUGACAUGAUGGAAGAGUGUGACGGCUACGAAGAGAUCAGCUCGAUUACAAGCAGACCGUCAGCUCUAGAGUUGAUAACGCCAUGUCCGUCUGGGCACGGACAACACCGAUCUUUAUGGUGCGAAGUUCCAGAAGUAAAAAAUAGUGGCAUUAUAGAUACGCUAAAACCACGAGAGCGAAAGUUGCAAGAAGCCAAGUUUGAAUUAAUCACGUCCGAAGCGUCUUAUUUUAAGUCUCUGACCGUACUCGAGAAGCAUUUCGUAAAUAGUUAUUCAAUGAACGACGAGACGAUACUAAGUAAAAACGAUCGAAAGAUUCUUUUUGGAAAUGUUAAUCCAGUGCGGAAAUGUUCCGAAAAGUUAUUAGCGGCCUUAGAAAAAUGUUGGCAAGAUAACAUACUUCUCAAAGGUCUUUGCGAGAUUUUAUAUACACAUUCCAAAGAAAACUUUGAAGUUUUCGUAAGAUAUUGCUCAAAUCAAAUUUAUAUAGACCGUACAUUGAAAACACUAAGAGAAAAAAAUUUUAAAUUCAAUGAAGCUUUACACAGACUGGAAUCAGAUACCAAGUGCCAAUCACUUUCUCUUCACUCGUUCCUAAUGUUACCUAUGCAAAGAAUAACUAGAUUACCCCUACUCGUGGAUGCAAUUUUAUCACAAAUGGAUUCUUCUGACAAUUCUUUGGAAUAUCAAAUGUGUGAAUUAACUUUAGCUUCUUUAAAUAGUAUUGUACAAAAUUGUAAUGAAAGUACUAGAAAAUUAGAACGUUACGAAGAAAUGUUGCUAUUGAGCAGACAAUUAGAAUUUUCUAGCAAAAAAGAAAUUAAAGCCAUGUCUGUAGCUUCCAGUUCACGUUGGUUAGUGCGUUCAGGUUCCAUGUUGCAUUUGACUAGUCCUGAUGCUAAAUUGACGUUUAGUCGAAAAUUAAUACGACCAACUAAAUUGUACUUCUUCCUAUUCAACGAUAUGUUUUUCAUAGCGAAACGCAAAAGUGAUGAAAGCUAUACAGUGGUGGAUUAUUGCGCAAGAAAUUUCGUACAAAUGGUCGACGCGACUGAAUUAGUUAUUACUUCAUCCUACAAGAAUCUUCUAAUGUUAACUAUUUUAGAAAACCAUGAAGCAAAGACUAUUGAAAUGUUAUUAAGUUGUGAUUCUGAAUCUUCCAAAAAACGAUGGAUUGAAGCAAUGUCACCUCCUAUUAGUUCCAAUCCUGACGAAACAUUGUACAAUGAAUGGGACUGCCCACAAGUAUAUUCUGAGCAUCCAUACACAGCCGUUCAGCCCGAUGAACUUUCGUUACAGAGUGGAGAUAUUGUCAAAGUUCUAACUAAAAUGAAUGAUGGAUGGUACCAUGGUGAGCGAAUUCGUGAUGGUGAGAAAGGAUGGUUUCCAGGUAAUUAUACAUCAGAAAUAGCAUCACAACAUGCUAGAGCGAAAAAUCUAAAACAACGUUACCGCUUAUUGGCAAUGUCUGGGAGUUACCUGCAGUCUCAACAAGAUAAAAUUAAGAAAAAGUAGUUAAAUUAUUUAAAUCCCAUUUUUUGUUAUUUUUACUUCACAUUUCUUUAUUGAAAGAAAGAAACACUUAGAAGUGUAAUUAAUAAGCUGUAUUAUAAUAUACUUUAAAUGCUUAUCUAAAAAAAUAUACAAUAUAUAUUAAAAACAAAUAUGUAUCAAAUUUAUAACAUAGUUUGUACGUUUUUAAUCGGAGCCAGUAGACAAACAAAAUAAUAUCUUUUACAUUUUAUAAAAAUACCUGAUGUGUUAAGGCUAAUUAUUGUUUUAUUUAUUGUAUUUGAUUUAAAAUCUAUUUAUCAUUUUGUAUAUUUACCUUACCUCGACAAGGUUAAAUGGUUAACCUCGCUCAUUUAAUUUUAAAU